CAUUGCGCCGGAAAACGACAAACAUCAGAAGGAGGCGUUGUCCUCCACCCAAAUUUAUGCAAACUGUCAACAACCCAAUUGAAUGUACUGUAAUAUCGUCGUGCAAAAGGAAUUGUUGCAUACUGCUACGCAUUGAAGUCGAGAUAGAAACAUAGGUGGCAAUACACCAACGUCCACGUGAUGGAGACAGAUGGGGACCAAAACCAGGGCUCUACCAAUGGAACCACUCCAUCGGGAGUGAACUCCCGCCCCUCUCCAAUGAACUCCAUGUCCCUGUACGAGAGACAGGCUGUGCAGGCCCUUCAGGCGCUGCAGAGGCAGCCCAACGCAGCGCAGUACUUCCAGCAGCUGAUGCUGCAGCAACAGAUCAACAGUGCCCAGCUACAAAACCUGGCUGCAGUACAACAGGCCACCUUUGCUGCCAGUCGCCAGUCCAGCUCUGCCACCAACAGCACCUCUCAGACCACCAGCACAACAGUCACAUCUGUGAACGUAACCACUUCUGGGGGAGGGGCCAUAACCAGCACCCGCGCUAUAGGCCCAGGCUCUUCCGGGACAUCCACCAUAAGCCAAUCAGUGCUGCUGGGUGGGAGUGCAGCAGGACAGGGACAGAUGUAUCUGAGAGUGAACCGGUCUCUGAGGGCUCCCCUCUCCUCACAACUCAUCUUUAUGCCUGGUAGCACAGCAACCGCUGCAAUGGCAACGGUCACCCAGCAGCCACAGACUCAGCAGCAGCAACAACAGGAAGUUACACCUACUUCCUCCAGCAACCAAUCAGACAAUGACCAGGUGCAGAACCUGGCUUUGCGAUGUGUCGGCAGUCCCAAGGGGGUCGGGGUCAAGACUGAAACCCCAGAGAGGGGUGAAACAGCAACCUACUCCCUUAUACAGUCAUCUCACCAGCAGUUCAACCAGUCCACUCAGCAGUCUCCCACUAAACCAACCCAACUGCAACAGUCCCACAUCAAGAUUCCCACCUACAUCCAGAGCUCCAAUGCCAACCUCUCCUCUCUCAACCUCAAGACGGGCAACCACCACUCUAACACCCCCUCCUCACCCUCCACCUCUGUCCCACUCUCACAGCUCCUCCUUUCCGGACCCAACUUUGGCCGGGGCGGGGCUAUCACCACGGUAAACUCCGCUGCCACGGCGACGCACAUUCUGGUGCCGACCUCCAGUGCACCCACCCAGUCCCACAGUUACCAGAUGGGUGCUGCCACCAUCAAGCCCAAUGUUAGUACUCAAACGCUGGUGGUUCAGCCUCUGCAGAAAAGCACUAUUAACGACAAGGGAGGCCAUGGGAACGGUCCCAUUCCAAUCCAGCCCAAAACUCAACAGGGUCUCCGUAUGCCACUGCAACUGCCCUCUCGCAACCCACCUCCCAUCCUCCCCGCGCCCCCCGCCAACAACCAGACUAGUGUCGCCCAGCCUCCGCCGCACAUCCCAGUCCAGAUAGUAGGGGCCAGGCCAAGCUCCAUAGGAAACCCCCAGGCUUUGGCCUUGGUCCAGGCCCGGAACGCCUGUUCCCAGGACGGAGCUACCCUUCUAAAUAGCUCCAGCAGCGCCAGCCUCCUCACCAUGGUGGCCUCCAUCGCAUCCAGAGAGAGAGGGGGUAUAGGCAAAGGGGUGGGUCUAAAGAGCCUUCAAUCAGCCCAGGAAGCCCUCUCAUUGGCCCACGUUUCUCACGUGCAAGCACAAGCCAAUCAGAGCCCUGGGUUGAAUCAAAAUCAAAAUUGCACCUUAGCCACCAGCAUCUCCUCUCAGUCCCAGGCCGCCAUCUCUCCUCCCACCCUCUCCCGUUCCUCCCUCACUCUACCCCUGCCGUUGGUUGAAGCGAGCAGUGCAUCCACUGUAGUGGGUGCCAAUGGAGAGUCUGUGUGUCCUCCGCCUCCCCAGGGUAAGUCGAUGAAGAGGAAAUCCGAGUCAGACGCAGCCAAUGAGGAAGAUGGUCCCCCUCCUCCCCACCUUGUUCCUAUGAGUGAACACUCCCCUGCUCUCUCCUCCUCCGCCAUGGAAGCAGGCCCUGGUCCACUUUCUCCCUCCCCCUCUCCCUCUCCUUCCCCUGCCCUCUCGGUGUCCCGUAUGGGGGGUGGCCAGGGGGAGAGAGCCCCCCCUCCACAGGCUGUGGUCAAACCCCACGUCCUCACCCACCUCAUAGAGGGCUUCGUCAUCCAGGAGGGAGCUGAACCUUUCCCUGUGAGUGGGCCAGUGAAAGAGCCAGCUGGAGAAGAUUUGGCCAUGGACAAUCCAGACGCCAGUCAGCCUGAGACUGUGAAUACAGCUACAGUGCUGAAGUGUGAGUACUGCAAAAGCUUCGCCCCAGCGAGACAGUUUAGAGGGACCAAGCGCUUCUGCUCCUUGACCUGUUCCAAGAGGUAUAACGUGAGCUGCAGCCAGCACUUCCGCCUGCGACAGGGGCUUCACCUCACCCACUCUGACGAGGACGGAGUCCUGAGGAGGAGGGUACCCCACAGGACCAGCUCCGAGAUCGCCAGUGCCAAAAUAGCCGGGAGACCCUUACCAGUCAAGUGCCGCUCCGAGUCCAGCCGUUCGGAUGACGUCUCCAGUUGCGAGGAGGAAGAGGAUGACCCCAUGUCCUUCUCCCCGGCCUCCUCCUCUUCCUGCCACCAGCCUCCCCCCACACUCCGAUUGGAGGGCUCGGCGGCGCCCCACUUCCUGCCCGGCAGCCCUGCCCAGUGGAGUGUGGAGGAAGUGUCUCAGUUCAUAUCAUCUCUGCAAGACUGUGAGGAGCUGGCAGCCCAUUUCCUGUCCCAGGAGAUUGAUGGACAGGCUCUGCUGCUGCUCAGAGAGGAGCAUCUCAUGUCCACCAUGAACAUCAAGCUCGGUCCCGCCCUCAAGAUCUGUGCCCACAUCAACAACCUGAAAGACUGAGAGAAGGAUGAAAGGAGCAAAGGAGGGAUUCUGAAAUACUCCCCCCAAAAUAAAAGGAGAGAAAGAAGGGAUGGAGAAAGAGAGAGAAGAUGUGACAAUAUGGCCAUUGAAAGACUUUUUAGCUGUGUUAAGUGUUAAUUUUAUUAUACACUAGUUGUAUAAAAGUAUGUGGACAUCACUUCAAAUUUAGUUGAUUUGGCUAUUUCAGCCACACCUGUUGCUGACAGGUGUAUAAAAUCGAGUACACAGCCAUGCAAUCUCCAUAAACUAACAUUGUCAGUGGAAUGGCCUCACUGAAGAGCUCAGUGACUUUCAACAUGGCAUAGGAUGCCACCUUUCCAACAAGUCAGUUUGUCAAAUUUCUGCCCUGCUAGAGCUGCCCCUGUUUCAGCAUGACAAUGCCCUUGCACAAAGCAAGGUCCAUACAGAAAUGGUUUGUCGAGAUCGGUGUGGAAGAACUUGACUGGCCUGCAAAGAGCUCUGACCUCAACCCCAUCGAAAACCUUUGGGAUGAAUUGGAAUGCCGACUGCGAGCCAGGCCUAAUCACCCAACAUCAGUGCCCGACCUCACUAAUGCUCUUGUAGCUGAAUGGAAGCAAGUCCCAGCAGCAAUGUUCCAACAUCUAGUGGAAAUUCUUCCUUGAAGACUUGAGGCUGUUAUAGCAGCAAAGGGAGGACCAACUCCAUAUUAAUGCCCAUGAUUUUGGAAUGAGAUGUUUGACAAGCAGUGUCCGCAUACUUUUGUCAGUGUAGUGUAUUUUGUCAAAACAAACAUAGAAUGAAAGUGGAAAAGAUGAGGCUUCUACCCACAAGACGUGGACCUUCAAUGUAGAGUAUUAUGUUACAUUAUGUGAGUGAGUGAGCAAACCCUAUAUAUGUGUGUAAUGUUUGCCUAUAUAUUUAAAUAUACCUUUGUUGGCUGGACUGCCUUUGUUUACGCUGUAGAGAAUCAUUGCGUUAUCUCUGUGCAAAUUGUGGCCUUUUUUAAGUAGUUUCAGCGAGCUAAAAUAGAACUAGAACGGAGUCGUCCGUAAAAAAAUCAAUAACGUGUUUCACAUCAUUCCUUAUUUUUACGAGUCGUUAUGUAUGGUAAGGUCAUGUAAAGCAAUGGACCAUUGCCUUUGUCCAACCAUUACUGGGGAGUAGCAAAUAUAUUGGCCUAAGGAUCCUUGACAAAUAGAGGGUGACAUUUUCUGUUUGCUGAAGUUAGAAAAAAAUGUACAAUUGGUGCACAGGAUUUAUAUUUAAAAAAACGUCCUUUUUACAAUGUACGUGAGGUGGCAGCAAUAAUCUAUGAGGAUUUGAAGUACUGGUACACCUGAUCCAAGUUAUACCGUCCCAUUGGCUACUGUAGUUUUCCAAACGUGUUUCAGAUUCUAUGCCCUCCUGUCUAUUUGAAAUGUUUGUGUUUUUGUCAAAUCUUUGCAGUUUUACACACAGCAUGAGCUAUUUACAGUAGUGGACAGAACAUGUCACCAAGGUCGUGUUCAUUAGGCAUCAAACGGACAAAAACUGACUGAAACAGGGAGGGACUGGCACAGCCAGAAGAGGACUGGCCACCCCUCAUAGCCUGGUUCCUCUCUAGGUUUCUUCCUAGGUUUUGGCCUUUCUAGGGAGUUUUUCCUAGCCACCAUGCUUCUACACCUGCAUUACUUGCUGUUUGGGGUUUUAGGCUGGGUUUCUGUACAGCACUUUGAGAUAUCAGCUGAUGUAAGAAGGGCUAUAUAAAUACAUUUGAUUUGAUUUGACGACCUGGACUUGUCCAAUAAGAAACACUAAUGUUCUCGCUGCUUGCCCUAAUGAACAUGACCCUGGAUUGUGGUCUUCCUCAUAGCUUUCCUCAUAACUUCUACCUAUCCAAGGCUUUUGUUACAGAAGCAGUGACUGUGGCUAUUAUGAAUAAUCAAUCAUCUUAUGAUUAGGUGCUCUGCUAAUUGUGUUUUUACGUUUUAAGCUUGGAGAAGGCGAGGUCAAUAUCAUGCAAAAAAAUAAACAAACUACUAGGACAACA